UCGUUAACAACAAACAAAAUCAGCGGGAACUUCGCAUUAUCAAAAAAAUGGCAAUACCGCCACCACCGGGACCUCCGCCCCCGCCAGGACCACCACCGCCUCCGGCGAUGGGUGGCUUCAAACUGGGCGGCGCAGCAGGAGGAGGCGGCGGUCCUGAUGCCCGGUCCGCCUUGCUCAGCUCCAUUCAGAAGGGUACCAAGCUGCGCAAGACCAACACUGUGGACAAGAGCGGACCGGCUUUAGCGGGCAAGGUGUGUGGAUCGGAGGGAGGAGGAGCUUCUGCAGGUGGACUUGGCAAGCGCACUCUCAAUAACAACAACACUAGCAACCACAACAAUAACACAAGCAACACAAGCGGCAGCAGCAAUGGCCUUGGCAAUGGAGCCCCCAAAUUGGGAGGCCUGUUCGAAGGCCUCUCCCAAAUGCCAAAGCUGAAGCCCGUGAAUGGCAUGCGCGCCGCACCAGCAGUGUCCGCAACCAAGUCAACGGCGGCCACCCAGCAGCAGCAACAGCGCAGCAACAGCCCCCCCGCCGCUGCCAGCAAUGGACCCAUGGACUUUAGCUCCGAGCUAGCCAAGCACUUGACGCUGAAGCGCCAGAAGCAGCAGCAGCAGCAACAACAACAACAACCACAGCCGCCAGCGAGCAACAGCAACAACACACAUAUCAAUGCGACAGAAGCCAAUCUGAGAACAAACCGAGGACCACCACCGCAACCGCCAAAGCCAGCCAGCUCGAGUGAUUCGAUCUUGGAGCGCAUGAACAUCCCCCGCACGGCGCCGGCACCAGCACCCACCUCCUCUGUCAAAGCGGCAUCGCCCACGCUCUCGGACAGCGGCAGCAGCGGGAGCAGUGGCAAUGGAGGCAGCGUCAAGAGCAAGGCGGCCAAUCUAAAUAUUUCGUUAGGCAAUAGUUUUGUAAAUAGUUCAAAGACAUCAACAACAACAACGAGUAGUGUCUCUUCGGUAAACUCGAUGGGAUCGCUGCGCAAUCUGGCGCCGAAUAAGUCCACUCUGUUUGGUGGUAGCUCUAGUUGCGGUUCCGGUUCCAAUUCUAAUGGUGGUGGCUAUGCAAGUGUCCACAAAUCGUCGUCGUCGUCGUCCUCGUCGCCGCCCUCAUCGAUCGACAGCACGUCAACGCCGAUGAAGCCGGCAAUUAGCUUUGGCAAGCCGAAUUUUGCACCGAAGCCACCGGGCCUGCAGCAACUGGCGCUGGCCAAUGGACAGCAGCGGCCGGCGGUGACCAGGCAUCACAGCAUGAAGUCGCCCAGAUCUCCGCCCGCCGCAGGCAGCGUCAAUGGACCCGUGUUCCCCACCCAGCAACACUUGGGCACCUUGCGAGGCCCACUGCAAGGUCCAUUCCAUGGCAGUGAAGCAGGCAGUCACAACACCAGCGCUGGAAGCAUGAGAUGUGCACCCAAUCCGCCAAAGUCCCGCCCAUCGGUGAAGCCACCACCACCGCCCACGCCGGCCCGCAGUUUUUCCAACAGCAAUCUGAGCAACAUUGGCGGCUCCGCGCCUUUUAGUGCUGUGAACACGGCACUGAUCCAGAGCUCGGCAACCACCACGCAAGCGGCACCGUCGCCGCCCAUAACCCAGCCCCCGUCCGCCUCGAGCAGCAGCAACAGUGUGGCCGCUUUACGCGAUCAGUUUCGGGCGGGAGGCAUGUCCAACGGAGCGCCAUCCCCACCGCUACCAGCAACUCCGGCUCCCACCUCCUCCUCAUCCAAUUCAUCCUCGGCCACGGCCAGUCCCAAGUCAUCGAUGAUGAUGCGCGAUAACGUGAAGCCAAUUAUACUGAAUGGAGGACCCAUCAAUCCGCCAGCACCGCCACCGCACAGGAGCUGUCCCCCGCCGCCGCCGCCGCAGCGCCAGUCGAGCAACCAGCAGCAGGAGCAGGAGCAGCAGCAGCUGAAGCAGAAGCAGAAGCAGGAACAGAAUCCAGUAAGAAGCUGGCUGUGGAGAAAACUAAGAUCCUUUAGGCAGCGAGCUCAGAGGAAGCGUCAGGAGGCGCAGGUAGCCCUGGUUGUUGUAAUGAUGAUGGUCAACAGCAAGCGCCAAGGCGGCUCCGGAGGAACGGGAGGAGCAGCGCCAGUACCACCACAGCGUCAUUCUUCGAUAAGGCCCAAUGCCCCAUCGACGCCGCCCACGCACAUGGCCAAUUCCUCGCAUCAGUUUGGCAGCAGUUCGGGCUUGUCCUCAGGAUCGGGAUCGGCCAGCGUGGGCCGCCUGGUUACGGAUCUGGAAACGAAGUUUGGCAAGCGUUUCCACAACGUCACCGAGUUCCCCAAGCCGCCGCCGUUUUUAAAUAUACAAAAAGUCUAUCCUAGUCGCACGUUUAAGGCCACCAACGCACCCGGCAAUAGCAGCGGCGUGAACAACAACAACAACAGCACCGUGGCCAGCAACAAUAAUACGACGACCGCGGCUCCCAAUCCCGGAGGAGCAACAGCAAGUCCAGCAGCAGCACCUCCUCAUCCUCCAGUGCUGAAGCCGGCAUAUGCACCGCUGAAGAAGCACCGAGCACCAGCACCGCCGCCACAAGCAGGAGUGGCCGCCGCCACCGUUUCGGUUAUCCGGCAGUCGAGCUUCCUCUACGGCGGAGCAGGAGCAGGCGGUGCCUCUGGAGCAGCGGGUACCAGCAUAAGACCGCAAUCACAGCCGGCGGGGAGUGGGCCACGGAACUCUACGGUGUACUGAUUGGGAUUGGGCGGAUAAUUGUAUAUAUAUAGAGGUGUGUGUGGGCGGUGUGUGUGAUUGAAGUGUGUUGUUGUGGGCAGCUUGUGUAAGUAAAAGCGGGUGUCGAUCGCUUAAACUGUCUAUGAAAAGUACCAAAAUAAAUAGGAAUCACCACACAUAACCCGAAAAAAGACACCUUCGUAGAGAGCACAAGCCCCCAAAAAUUCGUUGGCGUCGUCUUCCCAGGCUACAAAAAAUCACUAAAGACCAGAGCUCCCAAAUAACCAUUUAAAUAACUCCUCUGAUUCUCAAAAUGAAUCGUUGUCUUCAUGAGUUGUUACUUAAAGUGGGUGAGAAUACCCGUCAGAUCAUAUAACAACACUUAAAAAAGAUCAAAAGUAAGAAAAAGAAAGUGCUAUUUACGAGCUCUGCUUCAAAGCGAUAUCACCAAUCUGUAUAUAGUAUAAGCACCGAAAGUUAGUGAAAUUAUCAAGCAGCAUUAAUGUAUAUUGAUUGUAUGUACUUUUAGGAGCGCGCCUCUUUAUAUAAAUAUAUAUAUAAAUAUGUAUCUUACUAGACUGAACAUGUUAUUAAAACCCAACAGCAACAAUUAAUUAAUAUGUAAUGAUAUAUAUUACGAUAUUUAGAAUCGACUAUGCGAUGUACGACUUAAUCCCCUAGAGCAAUACACAACGUAUGAGUAAAAAAAUGUUAACAAUGUUGCAAUAAUGAAGCACAACCGAGAGAGCAUUUCAACGAAACUCGUCGCACACACAUUCCAUUUCCACAUUUCCAUUUCCCUAUCCAACUUUAGUUUCGACAGUUCGUGUGAUAAUCUCAAGAAGAGUAUGCUAAAUCUAGGUAAUCUAUCUAUCAGCUGUGGUUGGGUCUAGACAUUUGUUAAAGCCUCCUUUUUGAUCGGAAUAUAUAC